AUUACCAAGCAAAUCCAGAGAGAGAGAGAGAGAAAGAGAGAAGAUGUUGAAGCCUCAAGUGCAUCAGACUGAGUCUGCUAGAUCACUUAUUCUAUUUCACAAGUCCUUCGUGUCUGGUCAUGUUAGUGCAAAGCUCCCGCUAGGGCUGGCGCCGGCUCUCCUCCGUCAAAAGCAAAAGAAGUGCUGUGUCAGGACCGUCUCCAACGCCAUUAAAGCAGUCACUGGAACAGCUUUGGAGAAAUCUGUGACAGUUAAGGCAGUAGUUACAGUGCAACUAACUGUCAGGGGGCUCCUGUCAAACAUUGGGUUGGAGAAAGGCCUCGACGAUGUUACCGACUUUCUUGGUAAAACUUUGUUGUUGGAGUUCGUUAGCUCAGACCUGGAUCCUCGGACUGGGUUGGAGAAGGAGACCAUCAAGGGGUAUGCUCAAAGGGUUGGUAGAGAGGAGAAAGAGGUCAAGUAUGAGAGUACCAUUAUGGUUCCAGAGGGUUUUGGGGAAGUAGGGGCAGUUCUAGUGGAGAAUGAGCAUCACAAGGAGAUGUACCUCAAGACCAUUGUCCUUGAUGGCUUCCCUAAUGGGCCUGUUAACAUCACCUGCGAUUCAUUUGUUCACAGCAAGUUCGAUAACAAAGAGAAGAGGGUCUUCUUCACUAAUAAGUCUUACCUGCAAUCGGAGACUCCGGGUGGACUAAAGAGGCUGAGGGAGAGGGAGCUAGAGAACCUACGUGGGGAUGGCACUGGAGAGCGUAAAACAUAUGAGAGGAUCUACGACUACGACACCUACAAUGAUUUGGGGGACCCGGACAAUAGUGCUGACAAGGCACGCCCUGUCCUCGGUGAUUCCCAACACCCUUAUCCCAGACGUUGUAGAACCGGACGCCCUCGUUGCAGUACAGAUCCCUUGUCAGAGAAAAGGAGCUUGAGUGUAUAUGUGCCGAGAGACGAGGCAUUUUCUGAAGUGAAGGAAUUGAAUUUUUCAACCAAGACAGUGAAGUCAGUAGUUCAUGCAGUGCUUCCCUCACUUGAGACCGCAAUCCUCGAUGCAGAACUAGGGUUCCCAUACUUCACAAAAAUUGAUUCACUAUUCAGUGAAGGGCUUGCACUACCUAAGCCUAAAGAACAAGGGUCCUUCUUAAGCUCGCUUUUACCAAGACUUGUCAAGUCCCUUAAUGAAGAAGGAGAUCAGCUCUUGCUCUUUGAGGUCCCUGAGAACAUAAACAGAGACAAAUUCGCUUGGUUCAGGGAUGAGGAAUUCUCGCGCCAGACUCUUGCUGGUCUCAAUCCCUUCAGCCUUCAGUUGGUCACGGAAUGGCCAUUGAAGAGCAAACUCGACCCUGAGAUAUAUGGCCCAGCUGAAUCUGCAAUUACUGCAGAACUAAUAGAGCGAGAGAUCAGAGGUGUCAUGACCGUAGAUGAGGCCAUAAAGAGAAAGAAACUGUUUAUCUUGGAUUAUCAUGAUUUGUUGUUACCUUAUGUACACAAAGUGAGAGAGAUCGAAGGGACAACAUUGUAUGGGUCACGGACCUUAUUUAUGCUGACCCAUGAUGACACAUUGAGACCUCUAGCGAUUGAACUCACUCGGCCACCCAAAGAUGACAAGCCUAUGUGGAGGCAAGUUUUUGCCCCUGGUUGGGAUAGCACAAGUUGCUGGCUAUGGAGACUUGCUAAAGCUCAUGUCGCUGCCCAUGACUCUGGCUAUCACCAGCUGAUUGUCCAUUGGCUAAGGACACACUGUUGUACUGAGCCUUAUAUAAUCGCGGCGAAUCGGCAGCUAAGUGCGAUGCACCCGAUCUGCCGGCUGUUAUUGCCCCAUUUCCGGUACACAAUGGAGAUCAAUGCUCUUGCUCGGAUGUUACUUAUAAAUGAAAGUGGGAUCAUUGAGAGCACCUUUUCUCCAGGAAAGUAUUCAAUGGAGCUCAGCUCUGCGUAUUAUGACAAGUACUGGAGGUUUGACAUGGAGGCUUUGCCUGCAGACUUGAUUAGAAGAGGAAUGGCUGUUGAAGAUCCAACGGCUGAUGAGCAUGGUCUAAGUCUAACAAUUAAGGAUUACCCAUUUGCAAAUGAUGGUCUUAUCCUCUGGGAUGCCCUUAAGCAAUGGGUGAGUGACUAUGUCGAUGAAUACUAUCCAAAAGCCAGCCUUGUUGAAUCAGAUGAAGAACUCCAAGCAUGGUGGAAUGAGGUAAGAACUAAGGGCCAUGGAGACAAGAAGGAUGAGCCAUGGUGGCCCACCCUCAAAACUCAAGAUGAUCUAAUCCAAGUAGUGACAACCAUCAUCUGGGUCACCUCCGGCCACCACGCAGCCGUCAACUUCGGGCAAUACCACUACGCCGGAUACUUCCCAAACCGGCCGUCUAUUGCAAGGACAAUGAUGCCCACUGAGGAUCCAUCAGAGGAAGAGUUCAAGAAUUUCUUGGCCAAACCUGAGUUUGCACUAUUGAAGUGUUUCCCUUCACAAAUUCAGGCUACUAAGGUGAUGGCCAUAUUGGAUGUGUUGUCGAACCACUCUGUGGAUGAGGAGUACCUUGGAGGUGAGAUUGAGCCAGCUUGGUCUGAGAAUCCAGUCAUAAAGGCAGCAUUUGAGAGGUUUAAUGGGAAAUUGAAGGAGCUUGAUGGGAUUAUUGAUGCAAGGAAUACAGAUUUGAAUUUGAAGAACAGAAGUGGAGCAGGAGUGGUACCCUAUGAGCUAUUGAAGCCAUUCUCAAAACCUGGGGUCACAGGACAGGGAGUUCCUUACAGCAUUUCCAUUUAAGACUUGGGUUUGCAUGGUUAGCUUUUGGUUUACUACUUCAAUAAAUCACAGUAUCUUCAACAAAGAUAUUAUUAUAGGAGCAGAUGAACUACCAAUUCACGUUUCCUAGAGCAGAUUUGAGAAGUAAUUAUUUUUGGUGUGAGGAAUAAAAUUCUUUAUUGGCCACAUAUAAAAAGAAAUCAGUUCCUGACA